UCGGCCGCGGGACACCUUUAACAGUGUGGAUCGUAACUCCAGUUCCAACUUCCUCUUCGCGCCCUCUCCACACACGCUCGCCUUUGCACCCCCUCCAAAUCUCUCUCUCUCUCUCUCCCUCUCCCUCUCAUCCUUCCUUCGAAUCGAAAUCGUUCCUCACCUCAAAGAGAGCUCGGUCUCCCGCGCUCGAUACGAGGGGAUGCGGCCAGCCUCGAUGGACUCUCGUGCACGUGCCAGUUGACUCUCUCUCUCUCUCUCUCUCGAGGAGAGCGUCGAACCCGUCGACCACGCGCUCUCUCCCUUCCUCUCUCUCCAAACGGAUAUGAUAUGACUUCCAUCCGUUGAAUCCACUAGCUAUCGUUCCUUCGAAUUAAUUCGUUAACCUCCGGGAGGCUAGGCUCCGUGCCUCGAAAGGGGGGAGGGGAAAGGGGGUGCGUCGGCCGCCGAUGGUCGAAACGACGUGGAGUUCGUUUGUACAACGGUAGACGAACGAGACAUAUCCUCCCCGAUGCUUCAACCACCGUCUCCCCUGUUGGAGAUGGCAUCGCUUCGUUUGCCGGACUCGGAGGAGUUCGACGUGGACCCCCGCCGAAGGAGCAACAACGGAAAUGGGCCGGGCACGACGGUGUCGGCCGUCCCGCCGGCCACCGUCUCCACCCUCCUCCAGAUGAGGGACGAGGUGGGCGAUUAUCUGAACAGCCUGAUCGCCGAGGCGAUCGCGACUAGCCCCGGCAGGGCGCCGAUCGAGGAGGGGCACGGGGGGGGCCUGUUGAACGCGAGCAAAACGGCGAACCUGACCGCGGCUGACGCGCCGGUCAUACCUGUGGACAGAUUGUACAGGCACAGCAUGGCGAUGUCGGCUGUUUAUUGUGUCGCUUACGUUCUCGUAUUCGUGGUCGGUCUGAUCGGGAACAGUUUCGUGAUCGCCGUGGUGUACAGGUCCCCCCGGAUGAGGACCGUCACGAACUUCUUCAUCGUGAACCUCGCUGUGGCCGACGUCCUGGUCAUCGUGUUCUGCCUACCGGCCACACUGUUGAGCAACAUAUUCGUACCAUGGUUGCUGGGAUGGUUCAUGUGUAAAGCUGUCGCUUAUAUACAGGGCGUAUCCGUGGCGGCCUCUGUCUACAGCCUUGUUGCGGUUUCCCUGGACAGGUUCCUGGCAAUCUGGUGGCCCCUAAAGUGUCAAAUAACGAAGAGGAGGGCCCGAAUGAUAAUAGUGGUGAUCUGGUUCAUCGCCCUCACAACAACCUCCCCGUGGCUCCUCUUCUUCGACCUGGUCGCCAUUUACAAAGACGAUCCAGACCUGAGGCUCUGCCUAGAGGUGUGGCCACACCCGAAGGACGAAACCCUCUUCUUCCUGAUCGGCAAUCUGACGUUGUGCUACGUACUUCCCACGAUCCUCAUCUCCCUCUGCUACAUCCUGAUCUGGAUCAAAGUGUGGCGGAGGCACAUACCCUCGGACACGAAGGACGCCCAAAUGGAGAGGAUACAGCAGAAAUCGAAGGUGAAGGUGGUGAAAAUGUUGGUCGUGGUCGUCAUACUGUUCGUCCUCUCGUGGCUACCCCUCUACGUGAUCUUCACUGUGAUCAAGCUGGGCGACGAGCAAAGGGAGGACGAGAUCGUCCCCAUAGCGACGCCGAUCGCCCAGUGGCUGGGUGCGAGCAACUCGUGCAUCAAUCCGAUCCUGUACGCCUUCUUCAACAAAAAGUAUCGGCGGGGCUUCGUUGCAAUUCUGAAGAGCGGCCGCUGCUGCGGCAAGAUCAGGUACUACGAGACAGUGGCGAUGAUGUCCUCGUCCACGAGCAUGAGGAAGUCCUCGUACUACGUGAACAACAACAACAACAACAACAACAACUCGUCGACAAGAAGGACCUUCCACGGACCCCCUGUCCACCAGGAGAGCAACGUCUCGUACAUAUUCAACCACACCGGCGUCUAAAAUCGUCUGAUCACGACACAGAUUUGAUGAGAUUUCAUGUAUAUUCCUGGAGGCUGGCUGCCCGGAUAAGGGCUUCUUCACAGUGAGCCGGUCCGAGGUUAAUAUGGGUCACCCGUGAUCGCAACCGAUUGUCACUCGGAUCGGGCCCGUCGCCGAUUACCAAAUAUGGAAGCACGUUAUUCACCGACUCGCUUCUUCCACCCCCUCCCUUCUUCUCCUCUGUUCCCUCGCCUUUUCCUCGGUUUCUAAUCGCGAUCGAAACGCGCGAUACGAAAAUUGCCGUCUCGUUUUCUUUUGCCGACGCGGGGAAGCAAUCCUCGUUUCCCCAUCCUCGCGAGUCCUUGGUCGGGAGCGAAGAAAAAGGAAAUGCGAAAAGUAAUAGCGUGCCUGGUUUUUUUGAAGCGAGCCUGGAUCCCUUUCCUCCCGCAGCUUCUUCGAGGCUCGUUGGAUCGAGAGAGAAAAUGGAGAGAUGAGAUCCUGGAUCUCGCCUUUUUCACGAGCAAGCCUUUCUAAAUUUUUAAAGAAGAAAUAAAAGGGACCGAGCUUUCAAUUGGAACUCCACUUGUCUGAACAUUUUGAGAAUCGAUUCGAAAUUUUUGCGUGUUGUUGGAUAGCAAGUUCGAUUUUUAAAGCUAAACUUUCUCGAUCGAAUGACGUGUGAACGAUAACAAUUUCGUAAUAAGUGGAGUUCUACCUAAGCAGUCGUUGAAAACGAUCGUCGAUCGAUCGCAAAAAGAAAAGAAAAGACGAUCCGUCGCACGAUACAGCGUUUACGAUCGUGCGAGUCGUGAUCCUGCGUCGCGUGUUGGUCAAUUGAACGAUCUUUCUAGAACCGAUGGUCCAUUUGUAAUAUUGUAAAUUGUCGCGUGGAGGAAGGGCGGAAGUGAGAGGAACUGCGCACCGUCAGCCAUUGACGAUUUACUCGUAAUAAGUCCUUAGCGAAAUAAAAUACAGAAAUUUAUCCGUGCAUUGCAUGCUGCGACUCAAGUCAAGACACCUAAUUGCAUAACACCUAACGUUACCUUAUACACACAUUAUACUGGCAUAGCGUGUACGCGAGCGAUGAAGAUGGAAACGAGAUAGAGCGAUAACUGUAAAGGAGCGAAAAGUAGUGAACGCAUAUUGAGCGAGAUCAGAAUGAGAAUGUUUCGAGAAUUUCGAUCGAACACUACCUCCGCAUGCAGAGAGCAAAGCAGAAUUACUAUUACGUAUUAUAUACACUACUUGUACUUAUUAUUCGUAGCACGAUCGGCUCCAACAAGUAAUAAAAUACAUAUACACGUACGUACAUAAUAUAUAUAUACAUAUAUAUAUUUUCUUAUCGGAACGUUAGACGAUCUAGUCGUUUUUUUGGUGACUUCUUACGGUGCCAUUACGCUACGAUAAAAUAAUGACGCGCCUGUGUGCGCGCGACGAUUAAUCGUUGGGAUCGAAACGAUCGAACGAUUGAUCGAUCAAGGAUCAACGAUGCUCUCGUCCGUCGCCGCCGCCGCCGCGUUAUCAACGUUGCCUCGCUCCUUCCGUCUCAUCUGAGCCAAGCCUGGCCCACCGCACCCACACACUCGACACACUCGCCCUCCCACCUAACCUCGCUUAUGUCCCAACACGAACUUGAUCCGACCCAGAGAAAGGCGGAAGCGACCGACUUUCCCGUUUUUUUUUUUUCGUCUCGAAUUAUCCCCGAUCGAUCACGUGCGCGACGAAUUAACGCGGUUACUGGCGACAAUAAAACGAUCUUUUACGCUGCAGGAGGGCAGCUCCUGUUACCGACUAGUUCAGAGACCAUGCUUACGUGCGCGCGGCGAAUUGUCCGCGACGACAGCGCCUCUUUCGCUGGAUCUACGUACUAUUGUUGGGUAACCAAAAAGAUUUUGUCGUUUUCCCUUGUGUAUGGCUGAAAGAAAGAAAGUUAUUUUUAUUUCGUUGAAAUAAGUAUUAUUAUAAGCGAGUAUUAUUAACGAAAAAUGUACUUCGAAGAAAAAGUCUUUUUCAUCGAGUAAAUUUUGAGACGACUUUUGCACAGAAUUUUAUGUUAUCGAACGAAAAAGAAUUUUCUUGGUUAUCUAACGUAUCGUAUUGGGAUCAAUGGAAGAGGUUUUAUCGUCUUUGAUGAUUUGCUGGUGGCACGUAUUCGUAUUUUUUUAGAGCUCGAUCUUUCCAAAUCGUAAUAUAGAAUAAUUAUACAGGGUGCGUCAGUUUUAUCCACGUCAAAAUUUGUGUAUUGUGCAUAUUGUGUAGAAUAUAUUGUGUAAACAUAGGUUGCUCGAGACUUGGUAGAAAGCAAGAGUAGAUCGAUGUUUAAUUUCGAAAUAUUUAUCGUUCGAUUUCGAAGCCAUUACGUACAUUCAUGUACAUAUACGUAGAAUAAGAAAUUUGUUUGUUAUUAUAACUCUUCGAUCGAUCUAUGUUUAUAUAACACUAUUCAUUACCAAAAUUUGAUUGGAUACAAUUGAGACAUCCUGUAUAUGCACAAUUGUCCAUUAGCCACAUCUCGUUCUAACUCGUCAGUGAGGAGCUGAAGAAGUUCAAUUCGAACAACUAUAAAUUGACGUUCAUUGCAAAUAUCGUUUAAAAACUGGGCAUAAAAGAAGGCUGCAAACUCUAUAAACAAAUAUUGUCCUUUCCAUUCGAAACACUUUGAAAUAAGAUAAGAUCUCUUCUAUCGAUAAUUGAAAUUUGAUUGAAAAUAAUAACUUUAGAAAAUUUUAUUUUUUCUACAACGUAGCCUCUUUCAUAUCCAGUCUUCUAGUUUGUUCCACUCUGACGAUUACCAACGAGUGUUUCGUUGUUCUUCUACGAGACUUUUAUCGGGCAUUUAUGUAGCACAUCCUUCCUCGAUGCCAGGAUAUCUCGAUCGACUGUGAAUUGUUUUUCCUGUGCAAAGUAUCCCACGAAUACGGUAAACAUUGGAUAAAUUCCCACUCUUGCUAUUUUUUUCUUCUCAUAAAAUUCAUAUAUAUAUAUAUAUAUAUUAUAUUUAUUUUCCAUAUUCUUCGCUUUUCUCUCUUUCUAUUUUUGACAAUCGCAAAAGAACACUUGAACACUCGUAUCGAGAUUAAUUUUCAAUUCCAUUUUCUUGUACGUUUGAGCAAAUUAUGUGCAAAGAGAAUUGCUUCACAAAAUGGCCAUUUAUCCAACGUUCACCGUUAAAAGAGAGAUCCUCCAACGAAAAAAUGGAGGGCAGAUUUCACAGUGGUCGCGUGUAUUCAAAUGCUACCGACUUGAGAAUUAUAUAUAAUAACUUGACUCUUUGUAAUACUUGAUAUGUAAGACGGUAUAACGUAAAAAAAAAAAAAAAGUGCUGCGGGAUUUUAUGAUAGAGCAACUAUUUUCGUAAGGUUUUUAUACGUGGCGAAGACAGGAUCUAUAAUAGAUGUAACGAAAUGCCGUAUGCGAGGUAUAUAUAAUUGUAAUAGGCGGUCGUGCGAGGAAAUAAAUUUAUUCAUAUCUAUAUCGUAGACUAUAUAAAACGAUGUCGACGAAGUCGCGUGACGUUCUCUAGAAAGUAAGAAGUAUAUAUAAAAAAGUAUAUAUAAAAAAAACAAAAAUAAAAAAAAAAGAAAUCGUUAUAUAAGGAUGAAGAAAUGAAGCGAAGAAAAAAAACAGAAAUAAUUGUAAAAAAUGAAAAAAAAGCACACACACACACAGAGAAAAAAAAGAAGAAAUAACGGAGGGCACACGUGUCGUGGAAAUAAAAAAAAAUUAUUAUUGCAAUUUCUCGAGAAGCGACUGUAUACGUAAGCAUCUUGUAAGUUAACGAUCUAUUGUAAGGAUAUGAUAUUUAUAUAAAUAGCGUAUACAUAUAUAUUAUAUAUAUUAUAUAUAUGUAUAUACGUGGAACUAAACGUCUAUCGGCUAUCUCUAUGUAAAUAAUAUAACUUAUAAUAUUACUGUAAGUAUGUAUAUCGUUGCUAUGUUGUUACUAUAUACACCGCUGUUACCUUCGUUCUUAUUCGUUGUCUCCCUCUCUCUCAUCCGAGAGGAUACCUUAAGGCUCGUUUAUAAUUGCAGAUAAUUGUCUGUGGAUGUUUGUUUUACGGAUAAUAAUAACGAUCGAUUGUUAACGAAUUAAAUGAAGGGUAAUUCGAAAGUAUAGAAAAUAAUAUCCAGUUUUAUUUAAUAUUUCUCUUUUUCUUUGUAUACAGCGCAUUCUGUCGAUGGCGUCUCGAACUAUAUAGACUUAUCGAAUUACAAGAGAAAGAGAAACAAACAAUUUCCAACACUAGAGAUU